AUGUCGGCAAUCACUAAUAAUGAGAUAUCGCAAAGCGAGUUGCAUCGCUACCGAGGACAUUCAAAGAUCAAUAUGCAACCUGGUUACGUGUGCGGGCACGAAGGCAUGGGUAUCAUCCAUGAAGUUGGCAGCGAGGUUAGAAACUUCAUGAAGGGCGAUAAAGUGAUUGCGCCGUUCACGAUCAGUUGCGGCGAGUGUUUCCAUUGCAAGAGGGGCAUCACCGGUCGAUGCGUGAAAUGCAAGUCGUUUGGAUCAGUCGCUCUGGACGGGUCACAGGCUCAGUAUUUUAGAGUGCCGUUGGCGGACUCUACUCUGUUUCGCAGUCCGCAGGAAGGAGAUCUCGGGGAGCUGCUGAUCUUGAUGACUGAUAUAUUCCCAACCGGAUUCAACGGUGCGAGAAAUGCCUUUCGGGAAACUCCAAGUGACCAGUGGAAGGACAUGACCGUGGUAGUGAUAGGUUGUGGUCCGGUCGCGUUGUGUUCGAUUAUAUGCGCUCUCGAAUAUAAACCUGCGCGAAUUUUCGCUAUAGACUCGGUUCCUGAUCGCCUGCAGCGUGCGAAAGAUCUAGGCUGUAUCCCCCUCAACUUCAAGACGGUAGAUGCUGUCAAAGAAGUCAUGAGGCUUACUGACGGAAGCGGCGCCCAUGCAGUCAUUGAAGUGGUCGGUCUCAGUCCAGCUCUCAAAACUGCUUAUGAUGUUAUUUGCCCAGGAGGCAAGAUAAGCUCCGUAGGUGUACACAACGGCGAGCUCCCAUUCACGGCCGCAGACUGCUACAACAAGAAUAUUCACAUCCAGUUCGGUCGAUGUCCAGCAAGAUACGUAUUUGGAGAAGCCUUGCAAGCCCUGAUACGUAACAAAGACACGAUAGAGAAGAUGAGAUUCAUAGAUCUUGUCUUGCCGGGAUUGGAUGACUCGUGUGUGGAUGCUUUGCGGCGCUUCGAGCGUGCAGAGGUCAACAAAGUGGUCUUCAAGCCCAAUGGUAUUGACGCAUAG